GGGGAGGUUGCCUGGACUGAGAUCUCGCUGCGCGGGCGGAAUCAUGGGCUCGAGCCCGGCGGUGGGUCCCACGGGGGGCGGCGGCGGCGACAGCGGGGACGGUCGCUGCUGCGACAUGAGCAUGAAGUGCUGGUGCAGGUGGAGGUGCGAACACCAGCACUACAGGGGAUUGUUUCUGAACAACAGCGGCUACGACGGGUUGGUUUUCUUCUUGGGCUGCUUCGUCGCGCUGGGCUCGAUCGCCACCCUCUACGCGUGGCUCGCCUUCACGCCGCCUUACGCCGUCGCCGCCCGGCCGGCGUCCGGCGGCGGGUGCCGGGAGGAUAAUGAAGGGUCCUGGUCCAUCGGCGUUUUCUACGGCGACUCUCCUUUUUCCCUCAAGCCCAUCGAAGCUAUGAAUAUAUGGAGGGAUGAGAGUGCAGCAUGGCCAGUGGCCAACCCGGUUGUGACCUGCGCUUCUACAUCUGAAGCUGGCUUUCCCAGUAAUUUCGUAGCUGAUCCUUUUAUUUAUGUGCAGGGUGAUGCUAUUUACCUGUUUUAUGAGACGAAGAAUGUUAUCACUAUGCAAGGUGAUAUAGCAGUUGCAAGAAGUGUUGAUAAGGGAGCAACUUGGCAACAAUUGGGUAUCGCUUUGGAUGAGGAUUGGCACCUUUCUUAUCCCUAUGUUUUCAGUUAUCAUGGGCAGAUAUACAUGAUGCCUGAAAGCAGUGAGAAAGGAGAGCUUCGAGUUUACCGUGCCUUUGAUUUUCCAUUGCAAUGGAAACUUGAAAAGGUCAUAAUGAAAAAGCCCAUGGUGGAUAGCUUCGUAAUAAACCACAAAGGUAAGUUUUGGCUCUUUGGCUCGGACCACAGCAGUUUUGGUUCCAAAAAGAAUGGGCAGCUUGAAAUCUGGUAUAGUGAUUCACCGCUUGGUCCCUGGAAGCCACACAAGAAGAAUCCCGUUUAUAAUACCGACAGGAGCGUGGGGGCUCGUAAUGGAGGCAGGCCAUUUAUACAUGAUGGAAUCCUUUAUCGAGUGGGUCAAGAUUGUGGAGAAACCUAUGGACGACGAGUUCGAAUUUUUAAGGUGGAAGUCCUCUCCAAAGAUGAAUUCAAAGAAGUUGAAGUCCCUUUAGGGGUAGAGGAGCCCAAUAAGGGGAGAAAUGCUUGGAAUGGUGCUCGGUAUCAUCAUCUUGAUGUGCAACAACUCCCGUCUGGCAAGUGGGUUGGAGUUAUGGAUGGAGAUCGAGUACCUUCUGGGUAUUCAGUCCGUAGGUUUAUUCUUGGGUGUGCUUCAGUUGCAGCAGUUGCAGUUAUAGUCGUUCUAAUUGGUGUGCUUCUUGGAGCUGUGAAGUGCAUUGUCCCUUUGAACUGGUCCAGCCAUGGCUUGGGGAAAAAGAGCAAUGCAUUUUUGGCAUGGGGGCGAUCAAAUAUGCUUUCUUCAAAGGUGAGACGAUUCUGCAGCCGUUUAAAUAGGGUGCCUCCGUUUCUCCGAGGUUGGGUGAAAGUCAACACGUGCGUUGGCAGAUGCAUUGUUGCUUUUAUAUUUGCAAUUGGAGUAGUUCUAACGUGCACGGGUGUCCAUUACAUAUAUGGAGGAAACGGUGCUGAGGAAGCGUACCAAUGGAAGGGUCACUACUCUCAGUUCACCCUGUUGACCAUGACGUAUGAUGCUCGGAUAUGGAACUUGAAAAUGUAUGUAAAACACUAUUCUAGAUGUUCUUCAGUGAAGGAGAUAGUUGUGGUGUGGAAUAAGGGGUUACCUCCCGAUCCGAGUGAUUUCGAUUCGGUGGUCCCUGUGAGAAUCAGGGUUGAGGCAAGAAACUCACUAAAUAAUCGUUUUAGAAUGGAUCCUUUGAUUAAGACCCGAGCUGUUCUGGAGCUAGAUGAUGAUAUCAUGAUGACAUGCGAUGACGUAGAACGGGGUUUCAAGGUGUGGCGGGAACAUCCAGACAGGAUAGUCGGUUUUUAUCCUCGUCUAAUUAAUGGGAACCCAUUGAAGUACCGCGCCGAAAAGCACGCACGGAAGCAUAAGGGAUACAAUAUGAUUCUGACUGGGGCGGCUUUUAUUGAUAGCCAAGUUGCCUUCGAGAGAUACUGGAGCCCGCAAGCUAGGCUCGGGAGAGAAUUUGUGGACAAGUAUUUUAACUGCGAAGAUGUGCUUUUGAACUAUUUGUAUGCGAAUGCCAGUUCAUCUAGGACUGUCGAGUACGUGAAGCCGGCGUGGGCCAUAGACACCUCGAAAUUCUCGGGUGCGGCAAUCAGCCGGAACACGAAAGUUCAUUACCGGAUAAGGAGCGAUUGCCUUGCAAAGUUUUCGCAGAUGUACGGGGGUUUGGCCAGGCGGAAAUGGGUGUUUGACAGAAGGAAGGACGGUUGGGAUGUAUAGGGGAAUGCCGAGCAGUGUAUGAUAGGCAAAGACACCUUACGAGCUCUUCCCCGUGAAACCGCCAAUUUUCGAUCUCAAUAGGUACAUUCUUCUCCUGCAUGUCAAUACAUUACUACCCCUUUUCUUAGAGUGAAUCUUGGUUAGUGGGGCUGUACAUUGGUCUUGUCGUAGAUGGUUUUAUCUUUGGAAUUUCUCAGAUGCAGAGUUACCCCAUUUUCCUUUGGUUUAAACAAUCUGGUUUGGUUUCUUGUCUCUCUCUUUUGGAUAAUGUAUCAUGCAAUGGAAAUGAAGAAAUGAGUCUUCUUUUAG